CAACUGUCAAGUCGAAAGGAGCGAUGUCUGCUCACAAAACAUUCAUAAUCAAGCGAAAGCUUGCCAAAAAGCUUAAACAAAACAGACCCAUUCCCCAAUGGGUCCGUAUGAGGACAGGAAAUACCAUCAGAUACAACGCCAAGAGGCGCCACUGGCGCAGAACUAAACUCAAGUUGUAAAUUGUUUAUUGGUAUGACAUAUGUAAUAAAGUAUUUGUCAUAAUAA